AUUUUAGCACAAGAGGCACGAUCCAAUAGAAGAUCUCGAGAUACUUCUUACAAAGCAAAAGCUUUUGAAAAAUUCAAACAGUUAAAGAAAGGAUUAAAAAAUAAAUAUGAAGUUGAUGAAAUAGAUAACGUUUAUGAAGUAGUUGAAGAAAAACAGUAUGUCAAGGAAGUUUUAUCAAGAUAUGAUGAUGAUUGGAUUGUGGAUGAUGAUGGCAGUGGAUAUGUGGAAGAUGGUAGAGAUAUAUUUGAUGAUGAUCUUGAUAUGGAGUCAAUUGCUCAAGCCUCAGCUAAAGGCAAAGGCACUAAACGAAAAACAAAAAAUGUAUCUGAAAAUGCUGGGAAAGGAAAAAUUCAACAAAUGUUAUCCAGUUUACCGUCAAAGAAGAAAGUGGAAACAAAAAUUGAUGAUGAUGAUAUGCUGUCAGAAAUUCUUGGCGAGAUUGACACCUCACCUUCCACUAGUGCACAAAAACCAAAGAUCAAAGAAUAUUCAGCUUUAGCUAAAAAGUUGGCUGCUAAGGAUUAUAUGAAAAAUUUCUCCCAACCUUCCAAAAAACGUGUCAUUGAGAGGAAGUCAUUACCAAAUCAGAAUGUUGAGGAGGUGAAAAAUGGUUCUGUGUUAAAAGAAGUACAACCUAAUGUGGAAAAAACCACAAAAAACUCACAAAAAACUUUUUCAGAAAAAAAUGUUAUUAAUCCUUUUAAAAAAGUAAAAGAAACUCCUACAGCAAAACAGCCACAAACUGAAGCUGCUCAAGAAGUAAUAGAAGAAACUCCGGAAGAAACUUUUGAUGACACCUUGACAGAAGCUUUCGAUGAUGACUCCAUGUUUGAAGAGUUGGAUAAGACCCCAACUGGACCAUCUCAAAAGGGUGCAAGUCAGACUAUCGAGACUGAUUUAACUCAGGAUGACUUUGGUGAUGAUUUCGAUGUUACCCAAAUUGAAGAAUUUGAGUCUCAACCAUCUGAGGAUGUUGAAGAAGCUAGUGAAAAGCUUUCAGAUGAACUACAGGCUGAAUUUGAAACAGAAUGGGAGAACUUUAUGAACAAAACUGUUGAUAUUGAUAACACAAAUGAAGCUUUGUUGGAUAAGAGUGAUAUCCCUACAAUAGAUGUUGAAGGAAAAAAGGUAUUCCGUUUUUUCUGGUGGGAUGCUUACGAGGACCCGUUAAAGCAAAAGGGAACAGUUUUCUUAUUUGGAAGAACUUACUGCGAACAAAGCAAGAGCUUCGUCAGCUGUUGCGUAGCAGUUAGAAACAUUGAUAGGCGUCUAUUUGUUUUGCCAAGGCCAUAUGAACUUGGUGCAGAUGGACAACCUACAGACACUCCAGUUACAUUUAAGAAAAUGUAUGAAGAAUUCAAUGAUAGGGUACUUAAGCCCAUAGGAGUCAGUACCUUCAGAUCUAGACAGACCAGUAAAAAAUAUGCCUUUGAUCCGAAUAUACCACACGAAUCGGAAUAUAUGGAAAUCAGAUAUCCAGCAAAUGAUCCAAAAAUUGAUGCAGAUCUCAUCCCCAAAAGGACACGCACCUUUUCAAAAAUUUUCGGAAUAAAUACUAGUUUUCUUGAGAUCUUUUUCCUGGAAAGAAAAAUUAAGGGACCUUGUUGGUUGGACAUAUCAAAUCCAGUGCCAGUUACGAACCCCUUAAGUUGGUGUAAGUUCGAAGUGAACUGCUCGAAGAUGGUGGAUUUACAGGUGACAGUGACAGAAAAGCCACUGCCUCCACCUCCGCUGGUUGUAACUGCUAUUAACAUAAGAACUUGCAUCAACAGAAAAACUUGUGGCCAUGAAAUCGUGAUGGCUUCUUGCUUGACACAUAAAAAAUAUGCCGUAGAUAUGCAGCCUCCAGAUCCCCCGUUUCAACAACAUUUCUGUGUGAUUGCUGCUCCUGGUGAUCAGACGUUACCUUUUGAUAUCCACGAUGCCCUCAGUAAAUACAAAGCAACAAAAGUACAAAAAAUGGAUUCGGAAAAAGGAUUGUUGAACUUUUUUGUAAACCAAUUCUCUUCUAUUGAUCCCGAUUUGAUAAUAGGCCAUGACUUGCAGGGCUACCAAAUUAAUAUUUUAGCUGAAAGACUUUCCAAACUCAAUACAAAUAUUUUCAAUAAAUUGGGUCGCUUGAAGAGAUCGGAAAAGAAAAAUUUGGAGAAAAGUCUUUUUGCUGGAAGAUUAGUAUGUGAUAUAAAAAUAUCAGCUAAGGAAUUAAUAAAAUCACGUUCAUACGAUUUGGACUCGUUAUGCCAAGUUGUUCUGAAACUUAACGAAAAUCAAAGAAUCGAAUUAGAACCGGAUGAUGUACCAAAGAUGUUUAAAACUACUUCAGAUAUUCUGAAAUUGGUAUCGUUUACCAUGCAGGACACCAUGUAUAUAUUAAAAAUCAUGUAUAAUUUGAAUGUUAUUCCAUUGGCGUUGCAGAUAACCAAUAUAGCUGGUAAUGUCAUGUCUAAGACUUUGAUGGGUGGAAGAUCCGAACGAAAUGAGUUUUUGUUGUUGCACGCCUUUUCUGAGAAAGGCUAUAUACCUCCAGAUAAGGAGUAUAAGAAGAAAGGAGAUGGAAAGCAGAGUUCAAAAAAGAAACCUACAUAUGCAGGAGGUUUGGUUUUGGAUCCCAAAGUCGGAUUUUACGACAACCUUAUUCUCCUAAUGGACUUCAAUUCUCUAUACCCCAGCAUCAUUCAGGAAUACAACAUUUGUUUUACUACAUUACCGGUAAGCGACAGCGACGAAAACCUCUUCUUACCAGACAGCAACCUACCUCCGGGAGUUUUACCCACAGAGAUUAGAAAACUCGUCGAAAGCCGGCGUCAAGUCAAAGGAAUGAUGAAAAAACCAGAUCUAUCUGUUGAUCUACGAAUGCAGUACGACAUUCGACAGAUGGCUUUAAAGUUAACAGCUAACAGUAUGUACGGAUGUCUGGGAUUUUCAAAUUCUAGGUUCUAUGCCAAAAAUUUGGCUGCGCUAGUAACGCAGAAAGGUAGAGAAAUAUUGACAAAUACUAGGGAUAUGAUCGAGAAGAUGAAUUUUAAUGUUGUUUAUGGUGAUACUGACAGUAUUAUGAUUAAUACCAAUAUUUUGGAAUACGAUCAGGUAUUUAAAAUUGGUGUCAAAAUUAAACAAGAAGUAAACAAAUUAUAUAAACAAGUAGAACUCGAUAUAGAUGGCGUAUUUAAAUAUUUACUGCUUUUAAAAAAGAAAAAGUAUGCUGCAGUAACAUUGAAUAAAGACAAAAGCGGAAAAUUGGUUGCCGUCAAAGAAUAUAAAGGUUUGGAUAUUGUUCGAAGAGAUUGGUCCCAAAUAUCUUCUGAAGCUGGAAAAUAUAUAUUGAAUCAGAUUUUGAGCGAUCAAUCCGCCGAUGAAAGAAUAGAGCAUAUUCGUGAAUAUCUAAGAAAAAUUCGUGAACAUUUAACUGAGGGCAAAGUACCCACUCCGUUAUUAAUAAUUACCAAACAGUUAACGAAGGAGCCCCAUAUGUAUCCUGACAAAAAUUCUCUGCCACACGUACAAGUCGCUCUUCGUUACAAUCAGAAAAGCGGAGGGCAUUUUAGGGCUGGAGACACCGUACCUUAUAUAAUUUGUGAAGAUGGAACCACCAAUAGCGCCGUACAAAGAGCCUACCACGUAGAUGAACUAAAAAGUAAUUCUGAUCUCAAAGUUGAUAUUAUGUAUUAUUUAGGUCAGCAAAUACACCCCGUAGUAUCGCGAAUCUGCGAACCUAUUGAAGGAAUAGAUUCUUAUGAGAUAGCGGAAUGCUUAGGAUUAGAUACAAAAAACAUAAAAAGACCUAGGCAGGCAGUAAACGAACUUAUUGGGGAAAAUAUUAGCAGACCCGAAAUCAAGUUUAGAAACGUGGACAAGUUUAAGUUUAUUUGCUUUGGCUGUAGACAGGAAAAUAUUGUUGAGGGAGCAUUGGUAGGAAACUCACCUUUCCUGGAACGGUGUCGCAACUCGGAUUGCAGUCUAAAACCAAUAGAUUACUUACCUUUCAUACAAAACCAAUUGGCCCUUUCGAUCCAAUCAUACAUUAAUAAGUACUACGAAAAUAUCUUAAUAUGCGAAGAUCCCGCAUGUACAAACGAAACAAACCGUCUUCCUCUUAAAUUUGCCAGGAAAUACCCAAUUUGUACAUUAUGUCAGAAGGGAGUCAUGUUCAGGGUAUAUAACGAGCAGCAAUUAUACACCCAGUUAUCUUAUUUCCAGCACAUAUUUGAUUUGAGCAAACUGAGUAAAAAGCCUCUAAUGGAACAUGAAAUCGAAUCUGGUUAUUCGUCACUUCAAGAUAUUGUUGAAAAAUAUUUAAAUCAUUCCGGAUAUUCCAUAAUAGACCUCACUGAACUUUUCUCCAUGCUAGAUCCUCACAAAAAGCGAGAAAACACAGCAAUCAAUGUACAUACAGAUAUAGAGGAAGACGUCCAAUAUAUGGAUGAGGAAGAAGAAGAGGAUGUGUAA